GGAUUUGGAUGCGGGAGUUCAGUUUUUCUGAUCGUUCAACGAUAAGCGACACAUUUAUUUUUUUCUUAUUGCCAGAAUGCAUAAUUGCCAUUACAAAUAUACAUAUGUACGUUGGUGCCACAAACGUUUUUUGGGGAUGCCUUCUAUUGAAACUCAGUUGAACAGUGCAGUUGCUUUUCAGAACCUGAAUCGAGUGGUAUAUCACGCUGUUCAAAGUGAUCUUACAGUUAGGACUUGCCAAUCAUUUUUAUAACUUAAAGAGUGCCAGUAUUUAAAAUCUAAGCGAACGUAAUAAAGGAAGAUAAAAUAAUAUAGUUCGAAAUGCGCUGUCCUCGAAAUGAGCUAUGGGUGCUUGUUUACCCUUUAUUUGCGAGUUGCUGUAUUCUUCUGGUAUGUGCUAUGCAAAUACCUCAAGAUGUUGAAAUACUUGAAGGGUUCGAGUUCGACGAUACCCCGGAAUAUUACUCUACUGAUUCAAACUACUACGAGGCCAGAAGUUUGCUAUCAGGUUUUCACAAAUCUAUCCGCAAUAAACGCUCAACAUUAGAAUAUGAUAAUGCUAAGGGAUUACCUCAAGCAAGUGUAUCGCCCCCGAAUGGUCUAUCAGAAUUUACCCAAAACAUCGGUACCCAGCAAAUAAAAGUGCAUGGAAAAGAGGAGAGGGGUGGGGAGGAUAAAUUGGAGUCUGACAUGCCACGGGCAGAGAAACAAAUAAUGGAUCCCGACUAUGACUACUACUCCCAACGGCACAUAUCCACCUGGAAUAACGCAUAUGGAUCGUCAGCGCUCAGUAGUGCAUCGCGACCACCAACCGACAGAGAAGAUGUCACGGCCGAUGCCAGUAACAGUUAUGCAACCCGAGGACGUCAAGCUCGUGUAAAUUUUAUUACACAACCCAAAAAGGAUCUUAAUGAUGGUGCUAAAGAGCUGACAGACCCAAUUGUGCCCAAACUUCCAGUUGCAAAGCCUCAUUACGAUAUGAAGUAUCCAAUUACUUCUCCGACCUAUAAUUAUGAAAUGUAUCCAUCACGUUCAUAUGCGCCAUAUUUACGUCGCUACGAUCGCUUCGACGAACAGUAUUCUCGUUACGAUCCUUACAACUAUGAAGACCAUUAUUUACACCGUCGGCAUUACGAUCCCUAUGAUAGCUAUAGCCCCAGGAUACCACAAUACCCUGAACUAUACUAUAAUUAUCCGGAUCGGCGUUAUGACAUUCCUGAGCCUAGAGAAUAUGUUCCUGUGUACAAUAAUGAAAUCUACGAUAAGACUCUCUAUCCCGCAGCCAACUAUCCCUCCAGUAAUAGCUACGCAUCCACAAAGUAUCCGGAGUAUCCGCGAAACCAACGGCGCAUAGUAUAUUACGCGCAUUUGCCAGAAAUUGUGCGCACACCUUACGACUAUUCUAACCGAUACGACCGCUACGAUGAUCUCAUGAAGGCGAACAAAGCUAUCACAGGAGCAUACAAAUACGAAAAACCGUUGUCCGGGAACACAGGUGCUGCUACUCCAAAUGCGGAUUCCUACGAUUACAUGAAGCGCGAUAAGAAGGAUCGACCAACAUCAAAACCCGUCAAAUCGAACACCAGCGGUCGACAGUAGGUGAAGAAGUCGCUUAAAACUUCAGAAGCGAGAGCCCUUUGGACCUUUUCCAAAGCAAUAUCAAAUGUACUCAAAUCUUCGUUAGCACUUAAUUUUGACUUUAAAUGUAGCCCAUAAAACGAUUCUUGAUUACCUAAAUAUGUACAUUCGACCUUAAAUUUUUUUACCUGAACACAUAUACUUGGCUUGCCCGACGAAUGUACGUAUUAAAUAUAAAUAUUUGGAAAUCAG